AUGUCCAAUAUGACAUCCUUCCAAAAGCUGUCCAGGGGCUUUUGCCUCAGGCUUCCGCCCACGUCAAUUCAAAUGGAUGGGCCUGCUCAGCGCGACGGCCCCGUCACCAAUGCCAAUGACCGUACUGUUCGCAAUUCAGGGACCGGUGCCCCUAUGGGGAAGGUCGUGUUUCGUAUUCGACGGCGGCGGGUCUUUCAAGCACCAGCUCAGGAUUUCGUAUUCUCGUAUCCGCAGUCACAAAUAGAUUCAGCGUGGGCUGAGGAAGAGAAGCAGUACAUUUUGCUAAGAACAGCUUCUGAAUAG